AUGGUUCUCCUUCAUGUGAAACGUGGCGAAGAAAGCCAAUUUUUGUACGGAACGACUACCGCUGUUCGCGUAAAGCAGUUAGCUUACGAGUUGAUCACUAUCUACAACGGCCGUUUGAAAGUGAGUCGUGUUUGUUCAGAAAUCGAGGAGCUUGCCAAGCACGGUACUAUGCUUCCACCAGAUAUGCUAGGCCUAACGGAUGAGCAGGUCGAAGAGUUGCAUCUGGUCGACGAGUGGGCCGAUACGUGUAUUCCGUCCGGAGGUUGGCGCUUCAACCGGGACCCGGUCGGACGUCGCAAUGGGCACCAACCGCAGCCGAAGAUGGGUGAAGUCCUGGCCCAAGCGGUGGAAGAUGCAAAGACAAUGAUUUCGAAAAAGCUUGUGAACGAAAACAAACUGCUCUCGCAGCGUAAUGUUCAGGAGGCUUUGGAUUUACUGCGUGGAGCAGUAACCAUCGUGUACCCGAUGCAGCUGCCACCGCACGAUCCGAUUCGUAUGGAGUUUAGCAAUACGGAAGAUUUGACCGGCACACAGGCGUCUUUGGAAGUGAUUGAGCCGUCAAAGGCUCAGUUAUGGUUUGCCGGAAAGUUGAUGCUGAAUGAUAAGCUCUUGGGUGAAAUCGUGGGACAAAAUGAGAAGACCAAGCUCAUCGUAAAGCUGGCCAAGUUGAAUGAGGGCGCUCCGGGACGCGAACCGGUGAUUACGGAAGAUGCCAGGAAACAAAUGAUGAUGCAUGCUUAUCGCCGCCAGGAAGAACUGAAGAAACUUGAGCAAGACGAUGACGACCAGUAUCUCGACUCCGCCUGGUCCGAUAGCCGCAGUCUGAAACGUCAAGUGCACGGUUUGGAGGACGUUAAGUUUAAAUUCACAAAGUAA